AAAAGCAUUAAUCCGCUUUCUUCUUUAGCCAUUUUCGUAUUCAAAUACAAAGCAACCUCCCCAGCCCCCUUCAUCAUUAUGUUGUCUUCAUCAUCAUCAUCGUAUCUGCAAGAAGCCUUAAUUUGUAAAGCUUCAAGGUUUGAUGUUAAUGGUGAUCAUAUCCUCUUUGGUGGUAAAAUGUCCCCCCUUAGUAAGACCGACUUGCAACGCGUAUUCGAGAAGCUCGACAAGAAUGGAGAUGGCUUCGUUAGUCUGGAGGAGCUGAAUUGGUUGCUCCAGAGAAUCGGGUCUGUCCAAUUCAGCCUUGAAGAAUUGGAGCCCUUAGUGGGAAAACCAUGUUUGAACUUGGAUGAAUUCUUGUUCUUUUAUGAAUCCAUCUCGAACCCACCGGCACAUGGUGGUGACGAAGAGGAGGAGGAGGAGGAGGAAUUGGUCAUUCACGGCGGCGGUGAAGAAGAAGACAGUGACCUUGCGAAGGCUUUCAAAGUGUUUGACUUGAAUGGGGAUGGGUUUAUUUCAUGUGAGGAGCUUGAAUACGUGCUGGAAAGACUGGGUUUGUGGGAUGAAAAGAGUGGAAAAGACUGCAGGAGCAUGAUUUGGUAUUACGACACCAAUUCAGACGGCAUGGUUGAUUUUCAAGAAUUCAAAAACAUGAUGUUACAUUCUAGUUCUUGAGUUAUUCUCAAACAUCCCCAUGUCUGAAUAAAUAAAAAAGUUUGAUUUCAUUACCA